GCAAAGACAUAAACCCAAGACUGACUUGCAUACAAACAAAUAGAGAUUUGAGAAUCAAGAAAACAAACCGAGCAGCAUGACAGAAACCCAAAUAGAAAGCUUAUGGCAAGAAAUAAGAGACUUAAAUUUCUCAACAGCAAUAGACCACUUAAACUCCCCUCCAACUCCACUUCACUUCCUCAGAAGCUACGUCUCACCCAACAAACCAUGCAUAAUCUCCAACGCCAUCUCCCACUGGCCAGCUCUAUCCCUCUGGCCAAACCCCUCCUACCUCACAACCUCCCUCUCAACCUCCGCCGUCUCCCUCCACCUCACCCCUCACGGCGCCGCCGACUCCCUCGUCCCCACUUCACCUCACUCCCUCUCUUUUGCCUCCGCCCAUGUCCAGACCUUGCCUUUUCCGCUGGCUCUUGACUGGGUUCUCAACAGUGAAGUUGGUGAGUCGGUGGCUUACUUGCAGCAGCAGAAUGACUGCUUUAGAACUGAGUAUUCUGAUGGUUUGGGGUGUGAUUGCGAUGAGCAUAUUGGUUGGGCUACGGAGGCUUUUGGGGGUUUGCCUGAGGCUGUGAAUUUGUGGAUUGGUAAUGAAUUGUCUGAGACUUCUUUUCAUAAGGAUCAUUAUGAGAAUUUGUAUGCUGUUGUUUCUGGGGAGAAGCAUUUUUUGCUGCUUCCUCCUACUGAUGUGCAUAGAUUGUAUGUAAGGGAUUAUCCUGCUGCUCAAUACUCUUAUUCUCAGGAAAAUGGAGAAUUUAGAUUGGAAAUGGAAGAACCAGUGAGGAAUGUGCCAUGGUGUAGUGUCAAUCCAUACCCUUCUCCUGAGGAAAAAGAGAGUGAAAUGGCUAAAUUUCCUUUGUAUUUCAAUGGUCCUAAGCCAUUUGAAAUUACGGUUAAGGCUGGGCAAAUCCUCUACUUGCCUAGUAUGUGGUUUCAUCAUGUACGACAGAGUUCAGACGACAAUGGAUGCACUAUUGCCAUAAAUUAUUGGUAUGACAUGCAGUUUGAUAUCAAGUAUGCGUAUUUCAACUUCUUGCAAUCAAUUCAUUACGAACGCAGGAAUUCAGGUUCUGAUGUAUCUAUUUCCAAGUUGAGACAUAAUUCAUUUACUGGCGCAUCUGAAGUAGAUGGAUUGGAGUUGAGUGAAGAUACUGAAAAUAACUAAGAUAGCUUUGAUUUUUCCUUUGAAAACCUAUUUUUGGAAUUCUUCGUUUAUCAUGAAUUGUUCAUGCCAUAAGAAUUCUUUUGCAUUAUGUUUAGACAAUCAUAAAAUUUAUCAGUUACUUGACACAUACUGAAUUUCUUUUGGGUCAUUUCGGGUCAUAGAAUCUGUCUAUCAUUUGAUUUUAAUAGAUAAGGUGACUGGUUUACAGUAUAAGUUUUUGCUACUUUUCAAUGUAUGUCUAUAGACCAACAGCGUCAUUAACCUUCAAAGUUUUUAUAUACACUUAAUUCUCCUCAAAUCAAGUAUAAAUAUAGGUACUUGAUAUGAAGUUUACUUAAUUAUAGUUCUCGUCUUAGUUUUGUUUAUUGCAUUAAUGAAUUACCGUGAUUGCCUUGCAGUGUGAAUUGUUAUAGACAUGUAUAUAACCUAUGAGUCCAAAUUUUCUUUCAUGAAUGUAAUUAGAAAGUCAAUCAAAAUCUAAAACAACUUCGAUUUGGCGGGAAUUAUGUAGUUAAUUCUAACUUGUGAUUCCUUUGAUAGUGCUCGUAUUAUCAUUUUAAAAUGAAGAAAAAGGUGAAUAGAUAGAUAUGAAAAAUUCAAUUGAAAAUAUUUGUUGUGUUUAUUAAAAAAGUAAAAGUGAAUGUAUUAAUAAAGCAAUUUUUUUUUUUUUUAACUUUUACAAAUUAACAGUCUCAUUCAAAUUUGAAAAUAUAAUUUUGUAUUUGAGUGUGUAAAAGCAGCUGCAGAUUUAUGGAUGUUGCACAAGUUUCUACAGGACCAACUGGGAGGUUCUUGGCUUGAACUAACUUGACCUAUUGGAGAAGGAAGAGUCAAGAGGGCACAUAGCUCUUCCAAAGCGUAGGAAUCGUCUUUAGUAUGAAAUCAAGAAUAGUUGGCCUAAACCUGCACAGAAACAGGGGACUCGAGAAUGCUUUUGUUGAGCUUUCUUCUGCGGAAUUGAGAGCUCGUAGCAGAAGAUAACCAGCUGUGAGAAGCUUUUGCACACUUUAUUUACCAUCUCCUAAUCAAUCGCUCAAGACAGGCAUGAUACGGGAGAAUAGCUGAACAUUCAUCUUAUUAUUAUCUUCUUUGCCUACGGGAACGUUCACAUCGAUUCAUUGAUUUUGCGUUGUUUUGGAAUACUAUAUGGCUAUUGUUGUUUUAUGUGGAAAAUCUAGGAGUGCGAGCAGUAUGAGCCCCGCCCAUAAAAGAGACCCAAGUUAUCUUGUUAUUUAGAUUUUUCCUUUAUUUUUAGUUUUUUUGUAAGCAAUGAUCUUGUGUUCCUUGGUAGCACUUGUCAUCCUUUAGAAGUUGUUUAAGUUCUCUCAACGACCCUAUUGCUUAUAUGUUUGUGUGCGUUGUACUAA